AUGAACGAACGUAUGAAUGAAUCACACAACCUUAGUUGGAUGGAUCUUUUCGACAUACGUAGACUGAUAAACGGUCCGACGAGGGAUUUCGUUGUGACCGAUAACGGUAACCUUUUUUUAGACUACUGGGCUUUCGCAUUUUUGCCAAUAAUCAUGAUUGGUGUAUUGGUGAUAGGAAUUUGUGGAAUUUAUCAGUAUAAAAAAUGGAGACAUGAAAAGAAACAGAUUGCUCAUCUAAAUGACUUCUACGACAUCUGUGAAGGGGCAACAACCUCUCACCACGGAAAACUUAUUGUGAAGCAUCCAGAGAAGGCAGAAGUUGCUGAUAAUUGCUAUUUUAUCGUUAAAGCAUUCCUGUGUUUGUUUUAA